AUGAGCAGCGUUCACAGCCAAACUAGCGCUUCGGGUUCUGGCGAAACAGGGGCGCAAAAAACCGAAAAAACGGCUGAAAAUGGCACAGGAAAAGAUACCAGAAGCUCAUCGGGCAACAGCAACAAGUCAACGAUAACGUUUGAAAAGCAGAAAGUAGUGCCACGGGCGAGGACGCAGUCAGUGCAGAGUGUUCUUAGCUGUAUUUCGUUGCGUAGUAUGAUGGGAAAGGUCCCGCAUGAUGAGAUCGCAGAGCUUUCUCAGCAACACUCACAAGUGAAUAACAACAACAAUAAUAGUCACUUUAACAAUCCUAACAGUGCUAACAAUACUGUGAUGAACGUUCCUGUGACACAGCAGAUCCAAUCUCCGGCGAUGACGUCUGUCCAGAAGCGUACGUCAAACUCUUUUUUCAAAGAUGGGAUCGGUCAAAAACUGCCCUUCACGGAUGACAGAAGACGACAACUGGAAACAGAUAGAUCAACGGCAAACUCGAGGGCAAGUACUAGAAACUCACAUAGCACGCUAAAUGCCCCUAAAGUGAUUGCAAAAGAAAGUCAGUCUGCUGUUGCUGCGGAUUCAGGGAGCUCAUCGGGAAAUAGUAGCUCUAGGAAACUAGAAAAUGAACCUGAGGACGAGGCUGAACAACAGAAAAGGCUAACUACUGAUGCUUUGAGAAGAUUAUCACUUAUGAAAAACGGCAACGGAAGUACUGUAGGUAGCACCAAUACCGACGUUGGUGGUGGCGAAAGCUCUUACGCAACAUCUUCUGAUAAGCAGUUUUCAGAAGUUGCCGACAUUCCAACUUUUCACGAAAUCUCGAGUCAAGACCCAAGCACACUCACGUAUAUGCAGUUUGGUGGUAAGAACAUUGUGCUGGACUCUUCUAUUCCGAACAAAAGAGGGUCAAUCGCACCCAUAAAGGAUCCGCUCGACAAACUUCCUUCAACGCUGGAAGCCAACACCGGUCAAAAAUCGAAAUCCAAACGACCUGUGCGCCAAAUGUGUGAACCGAAAAAACCCCUUUACACUCCCGCAGUUUUGCGGGAUAUCUCUGAGACUAAUAUAACUAAUGCCGAGCUGGGCUCGCCAGGACCACCGGUCCUACCUACGCCAAUUUCGAACUCACACACAACGCGCAGUAGCGUGAGAAGUAUGAGGUCUACUUCUUCGUCUAUCCUUUCGGAUUACACUAAAAAGCUGGGAUCGUUGUGGAAUAAAGAUCGCGCAUACUCCGGUGCUGAAGUUACACGUCCGACCCGUGAUCACUGGAUAGCAGAUAAUAAGAGGCAUGCUUGCCAUUACUGUCAUCGAAUUUUCACGUUUUGGGAGCGUAAGCAUCACUGCAGGCAUUGCGGGGAUAUAUUUUGUUCUCAGCACGUUCGACACUGGUUGUAUUUGGAUGAUGGUGCUAAAUUUCUCAUUGGGGGCGCUGGUGCUGGUGCUUUAUCGAAAAUAUGUGAUGGAUGCCUUCAGGAGUACGAUACGCUAGUGCGUGAAGGUCCGUCUGUCGAGGCUGCUCAAAGUAACGAGCGUCCCAAAUCUUCAACGCCAGUCCCGGAGGCAAACGGUAGCUCGAAUCAGAAAGGUUCGAUCGACGAACAAGGAAAAAGAGGUCGCAUGGAUAGCAUUGUAGGAAGUGUCCCUGCUGAUUGGAACUGGAGUAGCUUCUAA